AUGGAUUUCUCUGAUGCUUUUCGACUUGUCAAUUUGGCAGUGGGAAUUUUCAUGGUUCUUGGUGGAAUUUCCCAAUUCUUUCCACUAGGCUUCCAAUCUAUUAUCGUCGGAUGUUACGUUAUCAUCUUCGGAAUCUGUACUGCUCUUCUUGGUUCGUCCCACCCAACUUUAGCCUCAGAGUUUCACAAAGAUCCAUCUCCCUGA